AUGGCAACAAUGGAGGAUCAUGCAACAAGGUGGUUUAAUGUCCAAUCUGUGCCUCACAGUUAUACAUUUCCCCUAGAAAAAAGACCAGGGAAACUCCCUUUUUCUACAUGCACUGCAAUCCCAAUCAUCAACCUUAACAGUCCAGAAAAAUCAGACACAAUUCAGAAAAUCAUUAAAGCUGGUCAAAAUUUCGUGUUUUUUCAGGUGAUUGACCAUGGAGUUUCAGAAAGUGUAUCAACUGAGGCACUUAAUGUGUUAAAGGAAUUAUUCAAUAUGCCACUCGAGGAAAUUUCGAGGGAUGCCAUAAAAAAUGGUUGGGUGCAUAUGGGCAGCACCAGUUUUGACAUAGAUGGUGUUCAUUUGUGGAGGGAUAACAUUAAACACCCAUGUCACCCCUUGGAAAAAUGCAUGCAACAUUGGCCUCAAAUGCCAACUAGGUACAGAGAGGUGAUGGCAACAUAUGUACAAGAAAUAAGAAGAUUGAGUUGGAGAAUUCUUGAGCUGAUUUGUGAAGGAUUGGGACUUGAAAAGGGAUUCUUUGAAGAAAUAAGUCAAGUCCAAUUUCUAUCAGCAAGUAAUUAUCCAGCAUGCCCAGACCCAAGUGUGACUUUGGGAGUAUUAAAACAUUUUGAUCAUAGCUUUAUAACAAUACUAUUUCAAGGGAAUGUUGAUGGGCUUCAAGCGUUACAUGAUGGCAAGUGGAUUGGAGUUGGGGUUUUACCUAAUGCCUUUGUUGUCAACAUAGGCACUCAAUUAGAGAUUAUGAGCAAUGGAAAGCUAAUAAGUGCAGAACACAGAGUAAUGACAAAUUCAGAUGAAGACAGAUUAACCAUUACCACAUUCAUUAAUCCUUCUCCAAAUUGCAUAGUUGAACCAGCCAAAGUUUUGAUUAAUGAAUCAAAUCCUCCUUUAUAUGAUUCAUUUAUGUACAAGGAUUUUGUUGUUUCUUCCAAAGCCUUUGGUCCUUAUACUGAAGUAGUUCAAACAAAGGAUUAA